UCAGAGCCAAGUAACGUCGAUUAUAAGGACUUUAGUCCAGUUCAUUCGAUUUCGUGGAGCACAUUUCACUCUUCUGGUCGUAUCAUUUUUAUUUUUUACUCUGGCAAAAUAAAAAUUAUUUAAAUUUAUAAACAACAAAUUUUUUUUUUCAAAUCGGUAUUCCUGGAAAAUCGAAUAAAGUAGUAACGAAAAUCAAAACGUCCCCAUCGAGCUAGCUCGGGAGUUGUCAAUCAAAAUCAGUAAACGUUUAUUUUCAAUCGAAAGUCGUGCUGCCGUGCGUUAGUAUACGAACUCUCUCCCUCACCUCAACCGUAUUAUACAUUUGUGUUAUUUUAAUCUAAUACCAAGUUUUGUGCGAUAAUAAUUCGGCUGCCGGUAAAAUCUGAAUUCUAAAUUCAACGCGCGUUUUAGAUUCAUUCUCAAUAAUAAACAAUACAACUGAUAAUUAUUGAGUGAUAACUAACAACCAUCGUAACAAUAUGCUGCGUCAGAUUCAAGUGCAUGCCAACUGGCAGGUUCAACUGCUCAAGGGUGCAAUGGGACUAAACACCCGCCAAUUCAGUGCACGUCCUUUUGGGGGCCUAAAGUUUUUCCAAACGAAGACCGUGACCGUCAAAGAGAGACCUUCCAACUCUAGCGUCGGCGGACCUGUUCGCUUGAUCGGCGGAUCAUCCAACUCCUUCGAUGACAUGAAGCACAUGCAGGACAAGAAGACCGAAAAGGAGAUGGAGCCAACUAGCGAGCAACGUCCACGCAGGCCCCUCUUCAACCCACUGAGCCGCCGCCACUCAGUUAGCCAGUCAAGAGUUCAGUAUAUUUACGAAAAGCAUCGCGAACUCGCCCACGAGGUCGAGCUGCGCAAACCGAAGGGCAAGCAGUUUGUUACUCGCCACUCGCUGCAUUCUGGACGCCAGGACAAGAUCAACUAGAACCACCGAAGGCAGUAGGAUGACGUUCUCCUGGUUAGCCGACUACCGUACUACCGGUUAACAGAUGCCAGAGUUUUAUUUGUUUUUUUUUUUGAUUACUUAACCAUCCGGAAUCCAUCCGGAAUACCGAAGCGGAAAGAAUAUAAAUCAAAAUCAAUAAUUUUUACCUAGACGAGACUGCCACUACAAAUGGACGUGGCAAAUAUCCAUUGUUAUGUUUCACAACGCUUUCGUUCAAACAGACAUGCGGAGCAAGACUUUUGUUUUCAAUUCAAUAAUGUUAAAUAUUCUGGUACUUGGAACAAAUGAAGCUAAAAUUUAUAGAACUA